CAUAGGAGUUGUCAGUUUGCCACCAUGGCGGCCGCAAUGCUGUCAAACAAGAAUUUGAGCAAAUUAAUUCGACAUCACAUUAAAUUCGCCAAAUCUUUACACAGUAAGACAUUAAAUAUAGUAAACAAGCCACCGUUAUACGUAACAUGUCAACAAUGUGCAGCUGCAAGUCAUUACAGGCAUUAUUCUUCGUCAAGCCCAAGUCCGCCUGGUGGGCCGGAUUCAGCGAAAAAUGUGUUGGCAGCGGUGUUGGCAAACAAACCUAAAACGGGAAAAAUACCUGUUGGUAUCCAAAAAAGAGACUGCUUUCACCCAGGUGCCUCUGUUUUGUCUCGUGAAGAUAUAAACCUGGGGGAUGCAAAGCCGGUCUCGGGAGUCGAUAUGAUCCGCGGGAUGCUGGAAUAUGUCUGGCCUAAGGACAACCUGAUGAUCAGAAGCCGCGUGAUGGUCUCCCUGUCCCUGCUGUUUGGUGCCAAGGUGGUGAACGUGUCAGUUCCGUUCAUGUUCAAGUACGCCAUCGACGAGGUGAAUGCAGCGGCUGUGACGCCGGCCGGGGACGCUCUGCUCGGGGUCGCCACUGUACCGCAGGCGGUCGGUACCACGGCCUUCGCGCUGUUGAUUGGAUAUGGUAUAGCUCGUGCGACAGCCGCGGGUUUCAACGAGUUGAGGAACGCUGUGUUCGCGAAGGUGGCCCAGCACUCCAUCAGGAAGCUGGCCUGCAACGUCUUCAUACAUCUACAUAACUUGGACCUUAGCUUCCAUCUCGGCAGGCAGACUGGAGCUUUAUCUAAAACAAUAGACCGUGGUUCCCGCGCCAUCAACUUCGUUCUAUCGGCGAUGGUGUUCAACAUAGUGCCGACUAUAUUUGAGCUCAUACUCGUCUCCACCAUACUCGGCCUUAAGGGAGGACUGGCUUUUACUGGCCUGGCGUGGGGCUGCGUGGGCGUGUACGCGGCCUUCACGCUGGCCAUCACCCAGUGGCGGACCAAGUUCCGCGUCUACAUGAACAAGGCCGAGAACGAGGCCGGGAACAAGGCCAUCGACUCGCUCAUCAACUAUGAAACUGUUAAGUACUUCAAUAACGAGAAGUAUGAGCUAGAGAAGUACGACGUGAGCCUGAAGAAGUACGAGGAAGCGUCUCUAAAGACUGCGUCCAGUCUCGCAGUCCUCAACUUCGGACAACACGCCAUCUUCAGCGCGGGACUCAGUAUGAUCAUGAUCCUGGCCGCCAAUCAGAUUGCUGAAGGGAACAUGACGGUGGGCGACCUGGUGAUGGUGAACGGGCUCCUGUUCCAGCUGUCGAUCCCGCUGGGCUUCCUGGGCUCCGUCUACCGCGAGGUCCGCCAGGCACUCAUCGACAUGCAGACCAUGUUCACGCUCAUGACCGUGCAGUCGAGGAUCAAGGAAAAAGAGAAGGCCCCGUCUUUAGUAUGCGACGCUAAAACAGCCACGAUAGAGUUCAAAGACGUGAGCUUUAAGUAUAUAAACGGCAAGCCUAUAUUCAACAACUUGACGUUCUCCAUACCUGCCGGAAAGAAGAUCGGAAUUGUAGGCGGAUCUGGUAGCGGUAAGUCGACGAUGGUGCGGUUAUUGUUCCGUUUCUUCGAGCCCCAGUCUGGCACCAUCAAGGUGGCCGGACAGAACAUUAAGGACCUCGACCUCGCCAGCUUAAGGAAAGCUAUUGCAGUUGUACCACAGGACUGCGUUCUGUUCCACGACACAAUAUUCCACAACCUGCACUACGGGGACCUCACCAAGUCGAAGGAACAAGUCUACCAGGCUAGCAAGAUGGCAGAACUACACGAGUCUGUGAAGACAUGGCCUAAGGGUUACGACACACAAGUAGGCGAGCGUGGCCUGAAGUUAUCUGGCGGAGAGAAGCAGAGAGUGGCCAUCGCUCGCGCCAUACUCAAGGACUCGCCCAUCAUCAUCUUCGACGAAGCGACCUCCAGUCUGGACUCACUCACUGAACACGCCAUCCUACAAGCUUUGAAGGCAGCGACAGUGGGUCGGACGUCAAUCUGUAUAGCGCACAGACUGUCGACGGUGGCGGACGCGGACGAGAUCCUCGUCAUGGAGAAUGGAAGUAUCACGGAGAGGGGAACUCACUCGCAGUUGGUGGCCAACCCGACCAGUCUGUACUCGCGGCUGUGGCAGCGCCAGAAGGAGUCCCCGCGCGAGGCCCCGGCCGCCCCCCCCGGCCCCCCCGCGCAACCCCCGCGGGGACCAGUCCCCGCCGCCGCCCCCACCACCGCGGCUAGUGCGGCCGCCUCCACGGUACCCGGCGUACCCAAGUGAAACACCCUAGACCAAUCCCUAGACAAUUUUUAUUGAAGACCUUUACCUUUGUGAUUAUAACUUGAACGUGAUGAUCACGCUGUUAGAUAGCUCGAUCGCUGACUAUAAAAACGUCUCUCAAUUACCUGUGAAGUGCUGGCUUGUUUCCUUUAAAUAAAUGCCAUAAAUCUAAGUCUAAAUAAAAGAAGUGGGUCGGAAAUAAAAUUGAAUUUCUCUUAUUGAUGACGAUUGGGUUCAGUGCUAUGUUUAUACCAAAUUUAUUUUAAGCGCGCCGUCUGAAAGACACUAUGGUUUUCUAAAAGUUAAACUAAAUAGAUAUAAUUGCAUAAUAUGGAGAAAUUUUAUUAUUUUUGCUUGUAAAAACAUAGUUUUUGUUUAGCAAAUGUUUAAUGUUUAGCCGAACUCUAACGGACUUUCGAAUUAUAGUUUUGUGACCAUCUUAUUGUGGCUUACGACACACUGCUUCGAUGUACGAGGUUCUUGUGAUGUUAUUUAUUGUGUAUAUCCAAUGACCGUGUGUUCUAAGACCACAUGUUCAUAAAUUUCGAACGCGACUGUCGCAGCUUCGUCCAAAAGUGGCCCUAAAAUUAUUAGCCUAUAUCACAGGCAGGGUUAAAACCAUGUUUAUUAAUCUCGAUUAAAAAUUGAAUACAUUCUCCAUGGUUUUAACUCAUAUUAUUUUUUUAUUUGUAUUUUUGUCAAAUAAUAUGUAAUAGUUAAUAAUAACAUUUAAUUUCCUCUUAAAUAAGGAGUUAAAAGUAAAAUGCAUCUAAAUGGUUAUUGAUGUCGAAACUUGUUUUAUAUUUAUUAUUUUAUUGUAUGAGGCCAUUUUUGUGACGUCACGUCUCAAUCCCAGACCUAGCAAACUGACACGAGACAAAAAUAAAUAAAUAUUGAGAAUUGUGAAGUGUUUAUGUAUAUAAAAAAGUUGAUACGAUGUACAGUAAGUGACUUGUUGAUUAAGUAUAUUAUUUUGGUUACA